UCAUUUCUUUCCACCUCUUUCCUCCAUUACAGUCCAACGGCAGUUGUCAGGUGAUCAUACCUGCUCUCCAUGCCCAGGAACGAUACGCCAACACGACUCCUCAUCCGGGAGCAGGAUGAGAAGAACCGACUAAGUAAGUUGAGGAGGAAGAACGCGAACGAUGCAGAGCGGAAAAAACUUGAGGGGAGAGUUGGCCACCUCCUUGACCAGGCGAGCAAUUAUCAGCCCGCUGGUGCUACUAUUUCUCCGGUCCAAGGUGCUCCCGCCAUUUCUGCUGCCUCUCAGGCAGCUCUGUCCACUAUGCUAGCUCCUUUUCCACCAGCGCCACCUGAGAUGCCCGCCGCAGUGAGUCUUAGUGCUUCUGACAGGGCUGAUUCUGCCAUGACGGCUGCUUUGUCCAUCAUGGCAGCUACAGCUCCAUCGGCGCCACCUGAGAUGCCCGCCGCAGCGAGUCCCAGUUCUUCUAGCAGUGUUGAUUCUGUACUUGGUGGUCUACGUAGCGUGGUUCCUGCUUCAGUCAAACAAGAAUCGGGAUUGGAGGCAGUCCGUGAAGUGUCCGAAGUACAGCAGCACCAAGAAAAGACUUGGGAUCAUCAUGAAGCAGCCAUGGUAGCUCGGUUCUUUGAAGCACGCGUCCCUGGCCCCCUCUUGGCCCUCAAUUUGUUCUAUCAGAAGAAGGCAUUCGACAAACAAGCAGCUCAUGAACUGCUCGUACUGGGAGCCUCCAACAUUUUGAAAUCGAAAUUUCCUCGCACACCCUACAUUCGAAUUGGUAACACCGAAUACGACUCCAGUACUGGAGGAUUAUGGAAUCUCAGCUCCACCUCAAUCUGGGAGCAUUACCGCAACGGAGAGCAAUGGAAUCAGGCUAAGUGGACCCCAGGAGGUGAUCUAAUCAUCCAGAAGAUUCAAGGGCAGGCUAUCCUCUAUCUUGACUUCGGUGACAGGUCAUUUUCUGCGGGCCCAAUUAAGCUUCCUGAAUUUGCGUCUCUUCUUCCUGUCGCUUGCACUGCAACGUGUCUGCGGACACGGGCUAUGAUCGACUUUGAGAUUAUUUUCCUGCCAGAUGCUUGCAUGAAAGUCUGCUUCCCAACAGCUCUAUUACUUGCAGAGGACCACGGUUGUAGAGUCCUUUCGGACACCAUAGCUGAGUUUUCUGCGGUCUUUGUACAGUCUUUGGGAUGAUGCAGAAUGAUCACUGAUGUUCUUACACAUCAUGGAUGAUCUCACGAGAAGUCAUGGAGUGCACAAAAAUUAGUGUUCAUCUUUUUGGUCACAGUUGGGAGUGAGGCUUCUCGGGCAUUUAGCUACACUAACAGAAUCAACCGAUCCAUUCAGGCGUUUCCGAGGUUGUCAUUAUCAUAAUUCAGCUUAGUAGCCGCGUGCACAACACAUACAGAAAACAAACGAAUAGCAUUCAUCCAAUCCUAAACCAACGGAACGUCAAGCU